AUGUACCGACAAGUUGACGCUUUAAGGAGAAGCAUCGACGAGUUAGCCGAGGCCCAUGUUGCAGAUGCGUUUCUAGACAAUUCGGAGAUGCUUGUGAGGCGGCUCGAAGGAAUACAUAGGCGGCUCAGCUUUGGAGAAGAAGUUACAGUUAAAGAAAUGGAUGAAAUCAUUGACAGUUAUGUUGUGGACACCACAGAGUCAGAGAAGAAGGCCAUGAGGAUGUUCAAGCACGUCCAGGGGCGUCUUGAGAAACCGGGGGUUGAUCUCGACCUUGUAUGUAGUUCGAGUACAGCAGACAAGGCCUUGUUGUCCGGGGACACCAAGCGUAUGGUCCGUGCAAUAGCUAUGGAGAUGUUGUACAUUGGAGAAGAUAGAGCCGCUCUUGCCCUAGCGCCCGAAUGUUAUCAUGUAGCCAACUGGUUUGCACAGCUACAGCAACGCCAACAAGUGGCAACACAAACAUAUGGUGAAGGACAUGCCCGUCUACUAAGUGGGGGUCAUCGUGGCUUUUACCUUGUGUCGCAUGGUCUUAAAACUCAUCCACCUCUAGGGAGGGCACUUCUAGCGGGUGAAAUUGCCCUUGGCGCCCUUGUUGCCCAUGGGAGAAAUGGACGACACCCCAAGGGUGACGGCCUGGCCCUUCUAUAUGCGGUGCCCAGUGACGAGCUGCCGGUUGUGGAGCACCCAUUGCUGGUAUGUCCUGUUCAACGGGUAGAGACAACGUCUACAGUGGGGGAACGACCGUAUGUUUUAGUAUGUGGACAUUUCAUUGGAGAACAAGCUCUAAAACGACUAGUUGAGGGAGCAUAUUCAGGAGAAAUCAAAUGUCCCUAUUGUCCUAGUAGGGGCGCAUACUCAGAGGCUCGUCCUGUUUGUAUUCUUCCCUAG